CUGCCAAGCCGAGCACCAUGAAGGCUCAGGCCAGCGCACUGCUGCUCGUCGCCUGCUGUCUGUGGACAGCCGAGGGGCAGGGCGAGCCCAGCAAGAAGAGCAUCUGGGAGGACCCCAUCCAGUUCGUCACUAAGACCAAGGACACCUGCACCAUGAUCGUGACCGGCCAGGGAGACCUCACUAAGCUCCGGGUUUCCUGCAAGAACAAGGACAAGGAGUACUGGUGCGAGUACACCGGCAAGCCGCAGGUGUGCCGCUCCUACAACAACAACCCGCGGCACUACUUCACGCAGAUCAUGUGGGACCUGCGCAAGCUGCCGAACGCCUGCCAGGGGGCGCGGGUCAUUAAGCCCCAGAUGUGCAAGAGGGCCGCCGACGACGCGCAGAUGGUGUUCCAGACGUCGUGGCCCAGGCUGUUCACCCCGAGACCGGUGAGACCCACGCAGGAGAGGCUGCCGGCCCAGGCGAGACCAGAGACGCCCAAGCCCGAGGCCCCCAAGCCGGAGUCGCCCAAGCCCGAGGUGCCACAACCCGAGGAGCCGAAACCCGAGGCACCGAAGCCCGAGGUGCCAAGACCUGAGGUAUCAAAGCCGGAAGCGCCGAGACCCGAGGAGCCGAAACCGGAGGUGCCAAAACAAGAAGUGCCAAAACAGGAGGCGCCAAAACCAGAGGCGGCGAGACCAGAGGCACCAAAACCAGAGGCACCGAAACCCGAGGCACCAAAACCACAACCACCAAGACCCGAGGCACCAAAACCAGAGACAGCGAGACCAGAGGCACCGAAACCCGAGGCACCAAAACCACAACCACCAAGACCUGAGGCACCGAAACCUGAGCCAGCGAGACCAGAGGCACCGAAACCCGAGGCACCAAAACCGGCACCAGCAAAGCCGGCGCCGGCCAAGCCGCAGCCAGCCAAGCCGCAGCCAGCCAAGCCGGAGGCAUCAAAGCCAGUGGUGAGAGUCACACCAAUCAGAAAGAUUAUUCCAAAGCCUCCCAAAACAACUCCGAGCAGACCAGCGCAGACCACCGCCAAAGGGGGCGCCAAGAAGAUCGCUCAAGAAUACUGCUGGCGGUCCAUGCAAGGCAUCUGCGCAUAUGUAAUUGGCUGGUUCCACAACUAAAAACUGGUACAGAUUCUCUGCAAAGAAGACUUAAAAAGUCGGCUACACGAGUGCUCAGAGUGGUUUUCACAGGAAGAAAAGGAUCCAUUUGUAGGCGAAAGCGAUAUCCCAGUGUUUUCUUAGCGUCGGACUGACGACAUUGGCGUCAAUAAAACAUCUUUCCUUUUCACUGUGCAUUACUUGUCAUCGCGGUGCGUUCCACCACCCCGUGCCAUUCUGACUUUCUGUCGCUUUGCAUUUCAUGUAAAUGAAGUGCAGAUUUGUUUUCCAAACCAAUGGUAACUGAAGACUUUGUGAACACAUUGUAGGAGGGGGUACAGCCAGAUAGUGUCUACGUACCUUUUUUUACUUUCAAAUGAGCCUGGCUCGUACUGGUAGCAAGA